AUGUCAAGUAACUUAAGAGCUGAAUAUAAAAGAAAUCGUCGAAAUGAGGCCAGACGAGCAGAAAUUAAUCGUCGCCAAAAUGAGAGAAAUGAGGCUAGACGAGAAGAAAUUAAUCGUCGCCAAAAUGAAAGAAAUGAGGCUAGACGAGCAGAAAUUAAUCGUCGCCAAAAUGAAAGAAAUGAGGCAAGGCGAGAAGAAAUUAAUCGUCGCAAAAAUGAAAGGAAUGAGGCUAGACGUGAAGAGGUUAAUCGUUGCCAAAAUGAAAGAAAUGAGGCUAGACGAGUAUUACUUGGGCGUGGAAUGCAUUGCAUAGCUAGAAAUAAUGUUUUUAUAGAGAGUAAUUACCUAGGAGAAAUGAACCAUAAUUGUCAGUAUUGUGGUGCUAAAAUUUUUUUCAAUGAAACACAUUUUUUGUGCUGCUAUUCAGAAAAGGUUGUCUUAUCUCCACUUUCACCUUAUCCACCGCUGAUGGUUGAUUUAAUGACAGGCAACCAUGUUGAUCGUGCUUUGAAUCAAAAUUUUUUCAAGCAUAUACGAAAUUAUAAUGCCUGUCUAUCUUUUGCUUCAUUCAUAGCCACAAUAGAUCCUCCGUCAAAUCGUGGUACACCCUGUUUUAGAAUAAGUGGGCAAAUUAUGCAUCGUAUUGGUAAUCUAAGACAUCAGCAAGGUGAACCACCUACUUAUUGUCAAUUAUAUGUUUAUGAUCCUAAUACUGCUUUAAACUUUCGAAUGGAACAAAAUGAUUGCAUACGCGAGUUAAUGGAACUUUUGCAGACUAUAAUUAAUCAGGAGAACCCAUAUGCACUUGCAUUUAAAAACAUGGCAGAAGUUGAAGAUGCAGAAAUUCGUUAA